AUGCCGCUAAAGAACAAAUUAAGUAACCCUAAGCACCCGAUCGUUGACGAUCCAUUUCCGGUCAGUUGUUUGGACCUCACAGGAUACUGGCAAUUAGUGUCGAUUGAGGUCGAAAAGCUAAACGGGCUGUUUGAAGAGGUGGCCAAACUGAAAAACAGCGGAUGGGACGUUUUGCAAUCAAAGGAGCAAAAUAAAAACGACGACCUCUCGACGUCAAAAAUUCCAAAAACCAUAAAAAUAAUCAAAGGAACUGUUGAGUCGAAAACCGUCAGAAGCAAAGAACUAACUAGUGAACGCUUGAGAUUCCAAAAAGCCACUUUCAAGAAAAAGUUGAUACCUGAAAAUCAAGAAAUUCAGAUAUUUGUUCGGAAGUGA